AUGAAGAUGAAUAUUUCACAUGGAGGAGUGUGCAUCUUUAUGUUGGGUGUUCUUCUGUCGUGCGACCCGGCGGCUUAUGUGCGACCUGUGGCCGACGCCUCCUAUUUGUUUAGGGCGGGUGGCGUGAACUCUGAUUCGAUCCGGCCUCGUUGCUCGGAAACACCCAGUGCUGACCACACUGAGAGACACGAAAGCGCAGGCCAGCCGGGUCGUGAGCACAGUGGGGACGAGCUUCCCAAAAAGCCAGCCCGGGCCGGGGGCGAGACAAAAUGGGCGGGCACGGGCGGUCUGGUGUCCGAGCCGAUUGGUCAGACGAUGACUACUUCACUUAUUAGAUUAGUAUUAGCCGCAUGUCCCGGAAUGGAAUGGGAUGGAAUAGAAAAAACGGGAAGCGCUACCGGUUCGGUUUUUUUGGGAGGGAGAAGCUUGUGA